GUUCAAGUGACGUUCUACAAAUUAUCCGAUUGUAUCCAUCCGUUUUCCGAAGUACAGCUGCCGCUUUUCGCUAAUUGUAGUCUGUGCUGUAAAAUAAGGUAAAAUGGCGCUGAGUUCUCAAGGAACAAAGAAAAAAGUUUGCUACUAUUAUGAUGGUGAUGUUGGGAAUUACUACUAUGGCCAGGGCCACCCCAUGAAGCCACACCGUAUCCGCAUGACACACAACCUCUUGCUGAACUAUGGUCUCUACAGAAAGAUGGAGAUAUACCGACCUCACAAAGCCAAUGGCGAGGAGAUGACCAAGUACCACAGUGACGACUACAUCAAGUUUCUGCGUUCCAUUCGGCCAGACAACAUGUCAGAGUACAGCAAACAGAUGCAGAGAUUUAACGUUGGAGAGGAUUGCCCUGUGUUUGAUGGCCUGUUUGAGUUCUGCCAGCUCUCAACGGGAGGCUCUGUUGCUGGAGCUGUGAAGCUGAACAAACAGCAGACAGACAUUGCCAUUAACUGGGCCGGAGGCCUCCAUCACGCCAAGAAGUCUGAGGCGUCAGGUUUCUGCUAUGUGAAUGACAUUGUGCUCGCCAUUCUGGAGUUACUGAAAUACCACCAGAGAGUCCUGUACAUAGACAUUGAUAUCCACCAUGGAGAUGGAGUGGAGGAGGCGUUUUACACCACAGACAGGGUCAUGACCGUGUCCUUCCACAAGUAUGGAGAGUACUUCCCCGGCACCGGAGACCUGAGGGAUAUUGGCGCCGGGAAGGGCAAGUACUAUGCUGUGAAUUACCCUCUGAGAGAUGGUAUAGACGACGAGUCUUACGAAGCCAUAUUCAAACCUAUCAUGGCUAAGGUGAUGGAGAUGUACCAGCCUAGUGCAGUGGUUCUUCAGUGUGGAGCCGACUCCCUCUCAGGAGACAGGCUUGGCUGCUUUAACCUCACCAUCAAAGGCCAUGCUAAGUGUGUGGAGUACAUGAAGAGCUUCAACCUGCCCCUGCUGAUGCUGGGUGGUGGAGGCUACACCAUCCGGAACGUGGCCCGCUGCUGGACCUAUGAGACCGCCGUGGCCCUGGACAGCGCCAUACCCAAUGAGCUUCCAUACAAUGAUUACUUUGAGUACUUUGGGCCGGACUUCAAACUGCACAUCAGCCCCUCUAACAUGACCAACCAGAACACCAACGACUACCUGGAGAAGAUCAAGCAGCGUCUGUUUGAGAACCUGCGCAUGCUGCCCCAUGCCCCGGGUGUUCAGAUGCAGGCCAUCCCAGAAGAUGCUGUGCAGGAGGACAGUGGAGACGAGGAGGAGGAAGACCCUAACAAACGCAUCUCCAUCCGUGCCCACGAUAAGAGGAUAGCAUGUGACGAGGAGUUCUCCGACUCUGAGGACGAGGCUGAGGGUCAAGGGGGCGGACGCAGAAAUGCAGCCAGCUUCAAGAAGGCCAAGAGGACCAAGACUGAGGAAGACAAAGAGGGCGAGGAGAAGAAAGCAGGUGACGAAAAGAAAGCUGAUGAGAAGAAAGAAGUUAAAGAAGAAAAGGUGCCAGAUGAGGAGAAAAUGGACACCUCCACAAAGGGUCAUUUUCCCUGUUUAUCCAACAGGCCAAAAGAGGAGUCCAAGACACCGUGAGGAGCUCCUAGCUCUCUUUAAAGCGAUCCUACCGGUUUUAUUUUUCAGAGCAGUUACCUUUCCUGGCUGCUACAAAGAAUAUCCCUGAAGGACUAUACAUUUUAAUGACAGAUCCUGCUCCUUCAAAUUGGAAUGGGCUAAAUGUCUUUUCUAGAACAUAUAAAUGUUUCUGUUCAAGGACUGAAAUUCAAAUGGAGUGAUUUAUUUGUAAGUACUGUUUUCUGUAUGCUUAGGCUCAUUUUGUUUAGAAUCUUUUUAUCCUAUGAAAUCCUAUCCCUCUUCUCCUUACUCAAACAUCUCUGUAGUCUAUAUUAAAGGCCUAGCACGAAGUAUUACGCUUUUUAUAUCUUUUGGAUUUAAUUUAUUUAAUCCACUCGUGUAUUUAGUCCCACUGUUAUGUGCGUUCAGAAAUGUAGUUGAAGCAUGACAAUUAGGUCCACUUCUCAAAGAUGUAUUCAUUCUGUAUUACCCAGAUUAACAAUAUAGAAUGCUGCUCCUACAGUAUGUGAUAAAACAAAACAAUCGUGAAGGACUUCCAUCCAUGUAUUGUAGUUUGGUAUUUUCAGAGGUUAUUGUUUAGUACCAGUGACUGUUUAGGACCCAUGUCAUCCCCACAUUUCAAUGAAAACAGCGUUCCUAGAUUUUUCACUUGGAACGGGAGGUUCAAAGGUAUUUUGGUAAUGCCACAACACUUUUAGUAAAGUUGGCCAAGCAAAAAUGGACACAUUCAGUGUUGUGGAUGUGAUUUUAUUCUGCAAAAUUGAAAUGGAUUUUUUUUCCUGGAGUUCUUGUAAACUUCAUACAAAUAUGAAGGACCACACAAUCUUUGACUACUUUUAGAAACCAAUAAAAACAAUGCUAUGAAAAUC